AUGGCAGAAACACCAGACGUGCUCUCCACGACACAGCAGGGGGAGCCACCACGGCAGCUGUAUCAGGUGCAGUACAUGUGUACCCAUCAGGGCUACCAGGGGACUCUUACAGCCAACACAUGUGGCUGUGAAUUUAAAAGUGAAUUGUUGAAUGUUGAUUUUCAAUGGGAUCGUGUGAAGUGGAUUCGAAUGGCAACGAAGCAUGUUCGUGAUGCACCGACCUCUGUGAUUGCGAUCAAGACAAUGCGUCACAAAGGCUUGGCAUCACGCAUCAUCAGCAGUGGGAAGUACUACUUCUAUAACUUCAAUGAUAUUGUGAAGGCAACAAAGCACCUUCAGAGACUAAAGGAGAUCGCAUCAGCACCAAAUGCCGCUGCAUUAACAUCAGCAGGGAAUCUUGACUCCCCCGACUGUGACGCCUCCGGCAAUUUAGGCGUUCUACCUGCGGAUAGCAGCAGCUUUGGUCGUGGCUCUUCCCGGGCUAAUCAGUCACCGAUUGUUCACAGUAAUAGCAACCGCAAUGUUUCUAGUCCUGGUAUAAUUCUUGGUGGAAGAGGGGAAAACAGGGCUGAUGCUUCGUCGAUUGCUUCUCCCGCGGAUAAUGAGAGUCUUGAGAAUUAUUCAAUAGCACGUGUAAAAAGAACUAACAACGUGGGGGAGGACGUCGAAGAGGAUGCUGAUGGACGAAAUGGUGGUAGGGUUAGCAUGCCGUUUAUUAUCGGCAUGACACGCCACACUGACGCUAGAGAAAGUGCCUCUGUGGUGUCACAACAGCCGCGACGUGGUAGUUUAUAUGUACCAAGCAAAACACGUCGCUUGGUGCCUUCGAGAACGCAGGAAUCUUUCUUCACUCGCUGGUUUGGCAGCAAGGGUAGUGAGUUUAGGAAGAGAAUCACUAUUACUGCCGCCGUGUUGUUUUUUGUGGUUUUUCUAUGUGUGUUACUGCACGUCCGUGGUGAUAGAGACCGUCAGCACGAGGUGACUCCGCGUGAGAGAGUGGACAUUGUUGUUCGAGAACUAGGGCAGCUGCAUCACUGGCGCGAAGAACGGCAGCGUGAGGUGCUUAAAGGGAACCACCAACGGCAAAUGCAGCACAGCAGUCCAUUGCUAAUGGUGCAGCCACCGCCCCCAGUGUGCGUCACGCUCGACGAUAUGACCGUCGUGGUGAGGGAGCUUCUGGCGCAGUACGUCGAGGUGCAGCGGGACGUUGUGUCGCUGCGUAUGCAUCGCCUGCGUCGCGAAAGUGGGGAUCUCGUCCCAAUCCUCGAGGCGCGACGUCGUGCCCUCUCAGAGGUUGCCCUAGGUAUUGCCGCAGGUGGCGAGGAGCCUGGGGAGGGCGUAGGUGACGAGGAUUGGCUACACGAUGGGAGUGUCUACAAGCCGCCACGCCGAUUUUCUGUGUCACGUGUCGCUGCCGAUGUGCGUCGCUGGUAUCGUUACGUGCAGAAUGGUACGGGAAAGUUGCUGUGGUUACUCGGCCUGAGCAGCAGCAAUGCCAAUAGCCCUAGUGGAAGUUCAAGAGGCCACCCCUCGCACAACCCCGUUCACUGGCUUACAUCUUUCUGGGGAGGCGGCGGUGACAGAAGUAGAAGCAGCGCUACAGCUGAUAUUGAGAAACGACAGCUCACACGCUACACAGAGUUCCUGGUAAACGGAAAAGUUGUCACGCAAGAGAUUUUUGCCGAGGAUGCCAAGGAGCGCCGCAGCUGCCUCAGGCUCACAAGUGAGCUCGUCCGCCUCUCACAGCUACUUGAAGGAAUUCUGCUUGAGUACCUGGACUUGGUGAUGGCUCCACAGCUUGAGAUGCACCUCUACCAGGUCCCAUCUAGUGUUGCCAUGGCACGCGCCGAAGCAUCAGCGUGCAGUUCGUCAGCCCAUGACGCUUCACUGGGAGGAAACCGUGGAGAUGCUGAGGGGUUGUUGACGGGUCGCAAUACGUAUCUUCUGCGCUCCAUCUUGUUACGGCGCCACGCCCUCGCCUUGCUGCGGCUGGAGCCGCUACUACAGUGGGAGAAAGUUAGUCUGUUUGACACACACCAACAGAAAGAGCAACAGAAGCAGCGAAGAUCAUCAUCGUCUCGUAAAACGUCUCAAGACACUAGCAAUAAUAGUACAAAGACAUCAUCAACAGUGGAGCCUACAAGAGAAAAUAUCGAGGCUAUCCUGAGGGAAUUCGUAGGUAGUAUGACGCAUAGUGUCAUGAAGAGUCGUGAGUCAAUACUAAGAAAUAUCCUGGAGGAGGUACUUUACUGGCAUGAGCACGAGGAAGAGUGGCAGACGCUCGUGCUGUGGCGGCUUGAAUCUUACAAAGAGGACAAGACCUCUGGUGAAACUCCUGCUACCGAGUCACGUCGUGUCAAUGCCAUGGAUGAUGUCAUCGACUCACUGCCGCUGUUCCGGGGCUUGUGGUGCUUUUUGGAGAAGCCGGUGCGGCCUCCGCCGGGGGCAUGGAAUGGCAGCGAUAAAGGCUACAGUGCCGAGUGUAGCAAGGCAUUUGUAGACGAAAAGGAGACGGUCGAGAAUAACGGUUUUACAGAGAAUUCAGCUGAAAAGGAAAGCGUAGAGAACACAGUGGAAAAGGGAUCCGAAGGGCUGGAAUUGGCAUUGGUAAAACCUGAAAAAAAUGACGGUGAAGAUCAUCAAAAGCACGAGGAAGCAGGGAUGGAGAGUGAAACGCUUGUAGCCUUCGACUCAAACUCAAGGCCGAGCGGCGAGGUGCUACCAGUAGAAGCUGAACAGAUUAAAAGGGAAGAGAAUGAGGAAGAUGAUGAUAUAGAUGCGCAUAUUCGCUCACUCGAACUCACAUCACACGAGGUGCAGUUGCGGUGGGUGAACGCUCUUGAACUCUUCUUGCGUGUACACGGCGGUCAAGGUGACCAGCUCGCCAGGAGCGGAAGCGACAGGAGGCGUUCGCAUAAGGAGGGGUCAUACAGUGAUGCAGAAGAUCAAGAGGAUUCAAGUGGGAGUGAAAUGUCACGGAUACGCCAGAGGACAAUGCAGCUGCUAUUACAGGCUGAGCGCCUUUACGGUCGUUAUCUACAAAACGGGGCGGCGUCCACGUCGCUCCAGUCGGGUGCGCUCCUUGAAUUCAUGCGGCAUAACGCCGACUGCCGACGCCGCUCUUGGUGGGAGCUGCUGUGGCCGACGUCGUGGUUCAAACGUGACAGGGACGCUCAUCCACUGGAGUGCUGUCUGUGGCGCAUGAAGCUGUCCGACCCCGCGGUGCGUCAUCUCUACAGAAACGCACUACAGCUACCGCUGGGUGAAAUUGAGGAUGUGCCGUGGAUACUGUUGCAUGUCUUGACAACACCGCCAGUUCUGCUCAGGGUACAAUACGACGCACGCUCCGUGUUCUACGCUGCAUCUUGGCUCCUCCUCUUUGCUGUCAUAGCUACUGUUGUUGUUCUUUUCUUCGGUUGA